GAGAAAUCUCAAGUUCUUAACCAACGUCUCUCUCACUCACUCUCACACCCUAACGAAUCUCCAUCGAUCCCCAAUGAACGAAGAAAACGAACCACCAUGCGCUACACCAGCGCCGCGUCCACGUAACCCCCCAUCCUCACUCUUCACCGACGUUUCCAAUUUCAAAACUCCGCGUCGUCCUUCCGUCAUCAAAUCAACAAAUCUCAACGACUCUCCGUACCCUCAAUUCUUCACCGCAACAGCAAAGCAAACCCCCAAAAUGUCGUCUUCUUCGUCUUCUUCCACCUUCCGCCGUCCCUCGCUCCUUCCUUCUCGCUCUAACCUCGCAGCAGCUUCCUCGAGGCGGCUUAGGGCUUUCGAGCUUCAGCAAUCGCAAUCUUCUCGCAGAGCUGAGUUGAUUAGGGAGAAGAGGCUUAGAUCUGUUGGUAAAUCGCUAACCGUGUGGCUUAAUUUCUUGGUUGAAAACCCUAGAAGUUGCGGUUGCGAUCCGUUGGGGGAUAAUGGAUCUGGUGUUGGACGUGGGAAGAGAGAUAGCUCCGAGGCUUUAUUACGAAGCGGUGGAUCAGUGGGAGUGGAUAAUAUGUGGAGAAGCCCUAAAAAGUUGAGGACUUUAGGUUGGUCUGGUGAGAAAGGAUCAAGCUUGAAGGGCUCCUCCAAGUGUUAUUCGACGUUGAAGGAGUCUUUGAAAGAAGUGUGUAGCUUAGAUGAUUUGAAGGAGAGGAUGCAGUUUCACUUGAGUUUGGGGAGUUGUAAAGAGAUUUUCGAUGUGAUGACACGUGUUACCAAGAAUAUUGAUGAAGGGAGGAUAAAGAUGAAACCACAGUGCCCUCUUGUAACUGAUUUUGGACUUAAGGAGAAGGCAGUCAAGGCGCUGAUGUGUUACAACCAAGUUUGGCUUCGUUUAGGGUUGUAUAUCAUCUUUGGCGGUGAUUCGUUUUUGACUGACAGUGAAGUUAACUCUGAUCAAGAAAUGGCGUUCUUGAGGAUGGUAAUCAACAAGCAGUUUUUCUCCCAUGAAGGACUUGCUAGAGCCUUUGCAUAUAACAAGAUGGUUGAGGGUUUAUACAGGCCAGGGUACUAUGAAGCACUUGGAACCGUGAUUUUGAAGAGGAUUCUGUUGCUUGUACUUAUAUUAGAUAGAGCUAAAUCUCAAAGCUGUAUUUCGCUUAAGUAUGGGAUUGAUGGGAUAGAUGGUGGCUCUCCCGUCUUGUUUUCAGAGAAAUCUAGCGUAAAGUCUAGCCAUCAACUUCUAAGUGAACUCUUGCCUUCUGAUGUAAUGCAUGGAGAAGGGAAUCUCCUAGCGCAUCUAGUGAUUAUAGGGUACAAAAUACCUUAUCAGCAGUCUCCUAUAGCUGGAUAUGAAUUUAGAGUGAGAGACUUGUUUAGUGACCUCCAAGAUGGCGUGCGGCUCUGCAGAGCCAUUCAACUGCUUCUUCAUGAUCCAUCCAUUCUCACGAAAAUGGUACUUCCAUCCGACAAUCGAAAGAAGAACUUGGCCAAUUGUAGAGUUGCACUUCAGUAUCUGAAGGAUGCUGGUGUUUCGUUGAAAGAUGACGAAGGGAUGAUGAUAACUGUAGAAGAUGUCGCAGAUGGUGACAGAGAGCUCACUAUUUCACUGCUAUGGAACAUGUUUGUACAUUUGCAGCUGCCUCUUCUGAUCAAUGGGAAACUCUUGACGGAGGAAAUCUACAAAGUCCAGGGGGUGGAACAGAAUAAUCAAAUCACCAUGUCUACUCCUCUGGAAAUGCUCUUAAACUGGAUCCAGUCAAUUACCAGGAAGAAUGACUUCAAGUUGGAAAACUUUGAAUCAUUGGUUGAUGGAAAGGGGAUAUGGUUUUUGUUGGACUACUACUUUCGACGAGAAAUUUGCUGUCCUUGUCUUCACAAAGAGGAUCCUCGUGGUCAACAAGGCCCUCGAUCAGUAAUGUCCAAUACCGAUUAUCAUGAUGCAGUUCAAAACUUCAUUUUGUCGCAAAAGUUGACAUCACUUUUGGGAAGUUUUCCGGAGGUUCUACAGAUUGGUGACCUACUGGAACAUAAUGCAGUAGUUAGCAACCAAAGUGUGAUUAUACUGUUGGCUUUCUUAUCAUCAAAGCUGAUCGUCAAGGAGAAUAUGGAGCAACUGAACUUUCAUAAGUUGCUGUGCUCUAGCUGUCAAGCUCAGGAGAAGAGAUAUUCGCGCAUCAGUUGCAGCAUCUCUGAAGCAGUUAGAAAUGAGGAACCGGACAAAGAAAACGGAGAAGAUGCUACUAAAACUUUCCAAGCAAUCAAAGCCUGGUGGCAGGACAUGGCCAGCCAAAAUUCUGUUGGAGAAGUUAGUAGCCAUACUCCGCAAAGUUCCUUGUCUAGAAAAUGCACUAUGGAUUUCGAACGAGAAGCAGCAGUGGUCAUACAAUCGAAUUUCAGGGGACUUCAAGCACGCCGCAAGUUUAGGAAGAAAAUGAGAGCUGUCUGCUUCUUACAAGCUGCUGUUCGGACAUGGUUGUCAGUGAAACAUAUAAAAGUUCUUGGAAAAUUCACUGUUGAGGAAGUUACUUUACAGUUAACAGAAAGAUCGGCCAAUUUAGAACCUGUAGCAAGAUAUAUUAAAUUCAUUGUUGAACGAAGUCGCUUCAUCAAGUUGAGGAAAUCUGUUUUGGUCAUUCAGAAAGUUGUAAAGAGGCAUCAGCGAAACCUUCAUCAUAAGCUGAAAGCAGCACUCAAAAUUCAGCAAGCUUGGAGGAGGUAUAAAAACAAAGUUAUCUCCUCUAUCACCAUCCAGUCUUAUGUUCGUGGAUGGAUCACACGUAGAAUGUAUUGCAGUUACAAGUCGUCUUCCGUACUUAUUCAAAGAUAUUGCCGUGGUUGGCUUGCGAGGAGGAAGUUUCAUCUUCAGAGAGAAGCAACGAUAUGCAUUCAGAGUGCUAUCCGGAAAUUUAACUGCAUUAUAGCAUAUCAUGGCUACAAGCAUGCAGCCAUAGAGGUUCAACGGGUCAUUAGGGGACAAAUUGUUCGAAGCAGACUUAAGGGAGCUUCUAUUGACAACUCAGAACUUGACGAAGGCGUUUCCAAACUUCCACAACACAGCGUUGAGAUGACAAAACUGCUACAUUCAGUCAUUAAACUGCAGCGUUGGUGGAGGUUUCUCCAUUCACAGAAUGUGAAAAGGAAAUCAGCAGUCAUGAUACAGAGGCAUAUUCGAGGUGUAUUUGCCAGGCGUAGAACUUUUAUGGAAAGACGUUACAUUGUCAUGAUUCAAUCACACUGGAGAGGCUACCUCACACGCAAAGCCGCAAAGGCUCAAGUUCUGAAUCUGAGAGUAAGAAUGCAAACUUCUGCGGCAAACAUAGAUGACAAGAAACGGUUGAUAAACAAGCUUCUUUCUGCGCUUUCGGAACUACUCAGCAUGAAAAAGGUCCACAACAUUCUUCACAUUUGUGAAACUUUGGAUUCGGCGACGAAAUACUCUGACAAAUGCUGUGAAGAGCUUGUGGCAGCUGGAGCUAUAGACAAGUUGCUAACACUUAUCCGGUCUGCAAGCAGAAGCAUACCUGAUCAAGAAGUUGCAAAACAUGCACUCUCGACUUUGAGACACCUGGCUCGUUACCCACAAAUGGCAGAUGAGUUAAUAGACACGAAAGGAUCCAUCCAAACAAUUUUCUGGGAACUACUCAGGAACAAAGAAGAAGCAUAUUUCAUAGCAUCAGAUGUUCUGAAGAAGAUAUGCAAAAGCCAUAAAGGCGUAGAAACAGUUCGAAAGCUACCUGCGUUGGUAAAACGACUACACGCCUUAGUUGAGGAGCUAACUCGUAAGGCAAACAUGGAGAAGAGGAAUGUGAAGGGUCAGAGUGGAAAGGAAAAGAGCGAGAGAAGGUUAAAGGAAGCUGUUGAGCUUCUGAAGCUCAUAACAAGCAGAUGACUCUAUUGUGUCUCUGUGUUUAGUUUUGUUUGAAGUGCAUUGAUCAGUGCACUCCCACAACUGACUUUGUUAGGUUUUCUUUAAUCAACUUGGCAUCAUUUCUUUUGUCUAUUGUCAUAGUCUCUUGAUUCGUGUUAGAAUGACUUAUCCAUCAAUUAAAAUUCACAAAUCUUGAGCUCUUGAGUUAAUUCAGAGUAAUGUGAAGGCUAAACAUAG